AUGGCUGUACUGCCAUUGCUCCUCGUGCUCGUGCAAAGCCUGAUCCAGUACCCCCAGCCAGCUGGGGAUGGGCGGGAUGAGGCCACGCACCGGCGAAUGAAGGAGCGUCAGGAGCUGCUGGACCACGAGAUGGCUCGGCUGCUGCAGGAGCUGGAGGAGCAGGACAAGGGCUGGGGAGCCAUGCUCUCUGGUGCCCUGCAGCAGUGGCCAUUUUGGGUCCUUGCUGGAGUCCUGCUCCUCUUGGGCCUUUGGUUUACCUGCAGGAGAAGGAGCGGUGAGGCCAGCAACACUGAUGUACAUGAAGGUGAAGACAGCGUAGAUGGACAGGAAGAAUGCACGGAGGUGAAGGUGCAGGAAAGCAGCGAUGCCAGUGAACAGAGAAGCAGAGAAAAAGAAGACCAUGAUGGUGGCAAGGGAAAAAGUGGCAGUGGUGGAAUGGAAGACAGAGAAAAGACCAGAGAUGCUGGGAAUGAACAAGGAAUCCUUUUAGUGGACCGCAUAGAGUGGCCUGUGGAGGACCUGGAGAGAGGAUGCUCAGUGACAGCUGAGCUGAUGGAGAGCUUGACGCGUGUCUUUGUGGACAGCGUGAGCAAUAGCUUCUACCCAGUGCCUCAAGAAGCCAUCGGGGUGGGCAGUGCCUUUGAGGGUUGGAGUCCCCGUGACUGGGAUGGGGUGUACCGUGUGCUGGUCCCACUGAAUCCCCCACCAGGGCACGCCUUCCACCUGGAGCUGAACAGUGCAGGGCAGGUGGCAGACAGGACCUUCAACGUCAGUGUGGAGCUGGUGUGCACGUGCGAGAAGGAGCAGGUGGAAGAGAAGCCAUUGUGCUUCCUGCACCACUCGCAGAAGGAGCUGCGGCGGAAGCAGAAGCACAGCCUCCUAGAGACUCUCUGCACCGGCUCCUACCUGGACGUGGAAAAAACCUCCCACUGCUUCUGCCAGAUGGUGAGAAGCUCGUGGCUGCAGGUGCCUCAGUGGCACUCAUGGCACUUGGCGUUUCAGCCCUGCAGCCGGUCCUGCCUAUUGGAGCUAAGCAAAGGCAGGGAGAGCCUGACGGUGGAGAUGCUCUUUGGGGUGCGCCGAGGGGACUCUGACAUCUUUGUGGUCAGCCAGACCGCCAAGGCCAACAUCACUGCAAGCACAGCGUGGGCCGAGACAUACGCUGUGGCAGAGGCGAAAUUCUUCCAGCACAUCGCCAGGCAGCUGCCGUGUGAGAGCUUGCACCUGAAAUGCCUGCAGCUCUUCACCUGCAUCCUGAGGGACACAGGUUUUUCCAGCUCUACAUGGAAGACUGUGGUCAUGCACGUGCUGACCACAGUACCGCUGUCCCGGUGGCACAGGAGAGCAUUUGCACGGCGGCUGUGGGACAUCAUGGCGUACCUGGACCGCUGCCUGCAGCUGACACACCUGAGGCACUUUGUGCUGGGCAAUGAGAGGCUUCCUGCAGAGAUCAGCUUGCCACCAGCAAUGCGAGGGGUUGUGCCACCCAACCUCUUUGAGCACCUGGCCCGAGAUCCGGCCGCCCACAGAGAGGCAAGACAAGCUUAUGGUCGGCUGCGAUUUCGCCUCGGGGUGCUGCUCUCCAGCCACUGA